UACAAAACCCGUAAAGCAAUGUUAAAACUUUCACAAUCGGAGAAAAUGGAAGUUGUAGUGGAUGAAGAUAGCGAGACCUCUGGACAUUCUUAUGUAAGUUAAGAGGUCCAGAAAGAGAAAUAACACCUUCAUGAAUCUUUACGAGGGACGUGGAAAUCUAAAGCAAAGUUUUCUGAUCGGGAAUACAGCCACACUGGCUUGAAAAUCCGAAGACAAGACGACAACUACAACAUGUCGGAACAAACACACGCAAUGAUAGUUCAUCUAGUUGCUGGAGGACUCGGUGGCUCUAUGGGAGCAUUAGCCACUAUUCCUUUAGAGGUUAUUCAAACAAGGCUCCAGUCAUCGGCCUUUCGAUCGCAGAGAGUUCGUGUGAACAUCUCGUCGGCCGUUUCUACCUCCGCUGGCGUUGGAACGGGGACUGUGAACUUUAGCACACGUACCACGACCGUAAACAAGUUCAGCGGAAUCGUCCCUUACGCUCGAUACAUGGUAAAGAAUGAAGGAAUACAGUCGUUAUUUAAGGGUCUCGGAACAACGCUAUUAGGGGUAACCCCGUCCAGGGCUAUUUAUUUCGCUAUUUAUUCCAAGUUAAAAGAUAUGUUGAACAAAUCUGGUGCUUUGGGCAAAGCCGAUGGUUCGCUUAUUCACAUGACUUCUUCAGCCAUCGCAGCUUUUAUUAAUCAUACCGUUACCAACCCACUGUGGUUCAUUAAAACUCGCCUACAACUAGAAAACCAAGGAGGAACAAGGGCCUCUGCCUUCAAGAUUGUUUCCAUGGCAUAUAAAGCCGAGGGAAUUCGAGCGUUCUAUCGGGGACUAACCGCAUCGUACGUUGGCAUAUCAGAAACAGUCGUUCACUUUACCAUCUACGAACGCCUCAAGGCCGAACUUUUGAAACUUCACUACAAGAGUAGGCGCGAUUUCCACGUUGUGGAGUGUAUGCUUGCCGCUGGAAUUUCCAAGUGUAUUGCAACAUCGCUUUGUUAUCCGCAUGAGGUAGCAAGAACACGACUGCGACAACAAGAAAGCGAGUUUUUAGGCAGACAAAAGUACAGGUCGUUUUUCCAGACACUUGGAACUGUUUUGAGGGAAGAGGGUUGGCGAGGGUUAUAUGGGGGGCUAGGAACGCACGUAAUCCGACAAGUUCCUAAUACAGCUAUAAUGUUUUUUACUUAUGAAGGAGUAGUUUAUAUCUUGAGAGAUAAAAUGUAGGAUCCACCAUGUCUGGUAUGAGAGGUAAAAUUUAGGAUCCACCAUGUCUGGUACAAAAGUUUGCAGUUUUCAAACGUUUCAACUUUUAGGUGAGAGUGGAACCUUAGAAACCUAAUGAUUUAGGGUAUUUUCAGUAUUUUAAUAAAAAAAAUUAAAAGAAAGUACCCCAGUAAGAAUCAAGAUAGUCAAAGUUAGAAAUACAUUUAUGGAAGGUUGAGAACUUGGUUCUACCGAGUUGUGAAACUUCUGGACAGAGUGUUUGUUGCUGUGUAAGUCAUUGUUUGCAAACACUGUUAUUUCCAUAGCUUUAGGUUAUCUCCCAGCAAAAUUCUACCCCAGAGAAAGGCUCCAUUAGUUUCAGCACUAUGGAAGAAAUAUAGGUUAGUUAUUAGACUAGUUGAUCAGUGGUUAUUAUGGAUGUUGUUUCGUCUAGCAAAGGUGCUAGAAAACAUUAAUGGAUUUGAAAUAAGCACAAAUUAUAUGACCAAGUUAUACUUAGUCGAAGUAUUUCUGAUAAUUUUAUUGCAAUAAGGCAUUUAUAUUUAAAAGGUAAGCAAUAAAGGGCAGUUAUUUUUGUACAUAUGUAUUACAUAAGAACUGGAAUUUCCAAUGUACAGGCAAUUUGCAUAAUGACCAGGCUGCUUGCGUUAUAACAGUCUUGUCAGAGGUUUUAAUAAAUUUGCUAAAAUGA